UUUCUUCAAUAUUUCUUCAAUCUUUCUCUUCCUGGUCUCUCUCGGUCUAUCUCUCUCGGUCUUUCCCGUAGGCUAGUAGCUCUCGCAGUCUCUCACUCCCCUUCACGAAAAACAAAUCCUGAGAAGGGCUUCACCACAUUCGAGUCAAGGGUUUCUCUGAUUCAAGACGAAAUUACUACAGUUGGAUCUGAUUUAGAAGCACUGAAGGUAUUGAGCAAGACUCUUACUGAUAGUUUUCUUGUUCUUGGUAAUUACGAGAAGAUUAAGAAUUCUUUUCCGUAUUUAAGACUUAUUUUUUCUAUAUUUCUUGUGAUGAAAUAUGCACAAGAGCAAUCAGGUUCUUCAGGCUCCUUUCACACUUGCAAGCAAGAAAGUUUAAUUGGUCAAGGAAUAGAUUCAUGCUGUGUUGACGAAGCCAGUAGUGCUAGAUCUAUCAGCAAUAAAGUUCAGCAGAGCGAGUCUAAGAUAUCAGCCCCGAACCCUGAAACUGAGGAAAAUGGUGAUGAUGAAUUAAAUUCUGAAUCGGUGAAGGUCAAGAGGGAUGCUACCAAGAGGGUCCUUAUUAAUAAAGCUCUGCCUAUUUUGACCAUUCAUCUUAAGAGGUUCAGCCAAGAUGCUACCAAGAGGAUGAUGAUGGGCCAAAGGACGCAACGAAGGGUCAUCAAGGCCCUUCUGAUGUCCCUACAGAUGAGAUGCUUUCUGAUGAAUAUUAUGAGCAAGAUGGGAAAGAGCGGAAUGAUUUAAUGCAUUAUAGAGGGUUUCCUCAUUCUUUGGGGUCUAAUUCUGAGCAACAACUAAAGUUAGCUGCAGGGAAUAAGAAUACUGCAAGAUCUUCUAGAGUCUUGAAUGGCAGUGAAAAUUUUGGCGAUGGUGAUGAAGAUGACAACAAUAAUGAUGAUGCUGAUUAUGAAGAGGAUGAAGAUGAAGAUGAUCCUAAUGAUGCAGAUUUUGAACCUGAUUAUGGCAUUACAAGUGAACGCACAUUGAAAAAGGAUAAAAAUUGGGGAGGUGCAGAAUCUGAAGAAGAAGAUGACAGUGAUAAUGAGCUGGAUAUGUCUGAUGAAGACGAUUCUUAUUAUGCAAGGAAAUCAAAAAGUAAACAACGUGGUAAAGGUGGACAUAUUGUUAAAUCUACCAGAGAACGUAAAUUGUAUCAGGGAUCUGGUCGGCAGCGAAGAGGUAAAUCAUCAUUUGAAGAUGAUGAGUCUUUGGGGGAGGACUCUGAAAGUGACAGUGAUGUCGGUUUCAAAAGCACGAGGAAAGGUUCACAUCACGGAAAACUAGUGGUCGAUCUACUUUUUUGAUAAAUGCAACUGGACGAAACAAUGAGGUACGCACUUCUAGUAGGUCUGUGCGGAAGGUGUCGUACAUUGAAAGUGACGAAAGUGAGGAUGCCAAUGAAAGCAAGAAGAAAAAUCUCCAAAAGGUGUAGUCUAGUUGCGUACUAGUAAGAUUAUUUAUUUCUUUUGCUUGCACCUAUUUAAUAGAUUGUACCAUCUAGUUCCUUGGUUCUUCACUUGCAAACUACAAAGCUUAUGAUUUUUGAUAGUUCAGGGGUGAGAGAAGAUAAACUCUUACAUGGGACUUAUCAUGGAAUAUCUUGUUUGCGUUACUAUAUCUACAGAGGUCAUUUGAUAAUACCCAUAAGUUGUACAGAAAGUCAAUUCGAAAAAAAUUAAUAUUUGAUAAUAAUACACAUGUUCUUUUUUCUUAUUUAUUUUUUUUUUUUGCAGUAAUUUUUUGUUACUAUUCUUAAUGUGCUAUGAAUUAGGCUUUUGGCGGGUUAUUAUUUGGAAAAGUACCUUGCCAUGCCAAAUUUGUAAUUCUAAGUUAUUUUGACUGGACUUAACUCAUUGAUGCAAGUUUUUUUAUAAAAAAAACAACUAUUUGAAUGCGCAAACCCCUUUGGAAUAAUUUGUAAAACUGUUAUUGAAAUUUGAUAGAGGUCCUUGCAUGUAUAAAUGGGUGGUGAUUUCGGGUUUGUGUUUCUCACGCUAGAUAAUCAUGAUUGAUAAGAUUUAGUGGAUACCCUUUUUUGCUGGUAUAUGAUUGGCUUCUUAGGCUGUAAAAUAUAAUUGACACCUUGUCAUCUUUCUUUUUUUCUUUUCUUUUUUUUAAACAGGCUUAUCAUCUUUUUAUUAAUAUACAAUUUUUUAUUUGUUAAAUAAAGAGGAGGGGAUACCCUUUAAAGAUAUCAAAAUGUGGUGGGAUGAGAUGAUUGUAGACAUGUCUUUAUUUUAAGAACAAGAAA